AUGAAAGUCGGACCCGGUGGCGCGUCAAGUGGCGCCAUCCGUGGGACCUCGCUGCAAAUGGCCGGCGUAAACACACCAAUAGCUAAUGCGAGUACGGUUACGAGAAUACAGAACCUCAAAUGUUUUGGAGAAACACCACAAGUUACUAUUGUGGUAAGACACCAAAACGUGACAACAGGGGGUGUAGUUGAAGAAGGAAGGACGAGUCAACAAUCUAAAAUGGUGGAAGAAUGGGAGAUAGAUAAGUUAGAAGCAUUUAAAACCUUCAAAGAUAUGAAUAACAUGAGAAUGUUACAGAAAGAAAAGCAACCCUACAAAGAAAAGGAGUGGGAUCAGGUUUAUGUUCACACAGAUCAAACGAAGGACUCAAACGAAGAAGAAGAUGAAGUAAUGGAACGUGAGAAAAGGAGAAGAGAUCUGGCCAUGCAAAAUUCAGAAAAGACACUAAAAAGGACCAAGGAAAACCCUUGGAAGUGGUAG